AUGGCUGCCGACUACCAGAACGCCGGUCCACCCAACCUGGGCAUGAACUACCAGCCCCAGGUUCCUGAUACGACGUAUGGUCCCACGACGCACGUCCACCGCCCGCGCUUCGAUCAUCCUGGACUCGUGGCUGCUCAGCCUGCCAUCUCCGUCAGUGUCCAGAGCCCGCACGCAGUCAUGAUCCCCCAGCCUGGAAUCCAAGUGGCAAUGGGUCCUAUGUUCCAGCCUCCGAUCAUGGCCGCCCCGAUCCAGAUGCCGGGCGCUGUCCAAAUCCCGGCUCCGGUCGCUGCCGUCACGGGACCUCCUGUCUUCUUUCAGCAGCCGAUCCCCUCGGCUCCCAUGGUCAUGCCUGCCGGCCCUCCCAUGGCUGUUGCUUCAGGAAUGGCCAUGGGCCCUGGAAUGUCAGUCGGACCCGGAAUGGCUGUCGGACCCGGAAUGGCCGUCGGACCCGGAAUGGCUGUUGGAUCCGGGGUCGCCGUCGCGCCCGGCAUGGCUUCCAUGCCGGGAGCUUUCCCUGGUAUGCCGACAGUCGUCGCGGGCCAGCCAGGAAUGAUUCUCCAAGGUAACUCUGGUGCCUGGCCCGAACCUGCGUGCGGCAUCGGCCGCACCGGUACCGAGUAUGCCGCAGAGCAGAUGGAGAUGGCUUAUGCAAACAAGUCCUUUGAACCGCAGGAUUUUAAGCCGGCCGAUGACACUGCGUCUCGCAUGUACAUGUGUCGCGAGCUAGACGGCAACUGGACACUGCGCAGUCGCUAUUCUAUCGACCGCAUGGGAAAGGAGUGGAGAUGGCACAUGGCUCCGGAGGGCUACUUUUAUGCCGUCCGCUUGCCCAACUGA